AAUUCCUCACGUACCAAUUAAUUGUUACAAUAAAAUUAAUUUAUUGACGUUAAUUGUUCUAUCUAGUAAGAGCUGUUUAACAUUAAAACGUUUUUGGUUAUUUCUAUAGUGAACUAUUGUAAACAGCCCAUCUUUAACAUGAAUAUUGGUCAAGAAAGUGGGAUUAAGAAUUUAUUAAUUAUUGGCCAUACUAAUGUUGGCAAAUCCACAUUAUGCAAUGUACUAUGUGAUGCGAAUUAUUUUGAGGAAAAUGAUUAUACAGCUAAAAAGACUAAAAAUUUCCAGAAAAAAGACUUCAUAUGGAAAGAGACAAAAUAUCGUGUGAUUGAAAUUGGAGUUAGUUUAAAUGAUAAGAAAGAUUUGUAUAAUAAACUAGGUGAAGUAAUCUAUUCGAUGCCAGAAGGGAUAAGUCAGGUAUUAUUUUUGAUUGAUGAAAGGUUCAUGGCAGUAGAGAUAAGUACGUUCAAGUCAUUUGAAAAAGAAAUUUUAAACAGUGAUAUUACUGAAUAUACUACUAUUGUGAGAACGAAAUUUGGGAACUUUAAAAUUGAAAAAAAACGCGACGAAGAUAAAGAUCAAGUGAUUUAUGAAAGUGAAGCAAUUGCUAAAGUAGUUAAAUUAUGUAAAGGUCCCAUUUAUGUGAACAACCCUCCGAUAAAUAUUACUAUUGAAGACGAUGAUGAUAAAGAAAGAGUUGAAAAUAAUAAAAGAACAAGAGCAAGGUCAAGAAAUAUACUAUUAAAUCACUUGGAGACUGCAUGUCAAGAAAAAUACUACAAACUAACAACUUGGGAUGAGUUAUAUAAUAAAAUUGCCAGUGUCAAAUCGAACGGGACAGGAGAUAUUGCUGAAGAAGUGGAACGUUCGCUAAAGUCAGAAAAAAAAGAUGAAAAAACACAACAAACAACAAGGCAAAAAAGUCGAAAAAAUCAAAAAGACCAACAAUGGUUUGAUGAAAAAUAUUCGAACGAGGAAGUUAUAAAUAUUGUUGGUAGAAAACGCUUAAACCUUGCUGGUUCUUUAAAAAUAGAAGACUUUAAAAAUUUAAAAAAUAUUAGUCUGAAGAAACUUAAGAUAGCCAAUUUGGAAAUAAAUAAUUGUCCUCAACUUAAUAUUAUCAACAUGUCUGAACUUGCUAAACUUACGAGUUUAUCAGUGACUGGUUGUUCAAAACUGAUCGUGCUUAAUUGUUCAUUAAAUGAGUUAACUAGUUUGGAAGUAAGUGGUUAUCAUCAACUAAAUAAUAUUCUCGACUUGUCUACGUUUACUAAACUUACGAAUUUAUAUGUGAGAAAUUAUUCAAACCUAACUACGCUUGAUUUUUCAUCAAUUGAGAAGUUAAUUAGUUUAAAAAUAAGUGGAUGUCUUCAACUCACUAAUAUUAACAACUUAUUCAAGUCUUCUAAACUUGAGAGUUUAUCCGUGAUUGAUUGUCCAAAACUUACUACGCUUAGUUAUUCGACAAAUGGGUUAACUAGUUUGGAAAUAAUUGGUUGUAAACAACUUAAAAAGAUUUCCAACUUAUCUAAUGUUCCUAAACUUACGAGUUUAACUUUGAUUGAUUGUCCAAAUAUAACCAAGCUUGAUUGUUCAUCAACUGAGAAGUUAACUGAGUUAGAAGCUAGUGAUCUUAUUGAACUCAAAUGUUUGAAUACUUCAAUUAAGACAUUGAGCGUUAAUCUUUGUCCGGGUAUUAAAAUACUUGAUUGCUCCAAUAACGAUAAACUUAUUAAUUUAGAUAUAAGCAACUGCACCGAAUUGGAAUUUCUUGAUUGUUCUACUAGUAAAUUAACUAGUCUUGGUAUAAACAACUGCAAAUUCCUGUUGAAAGAAUAUGAACAAAAUGGCACUAAAUCUAAUAGGUUUAAAUAUCCUCCUGACUUGAAGAUUAUUGAGAAGAGAAUUAUGAAGAACUUAAUAAUAGUUGGCCGUAUUGGUGGUGGUAAAUCUACGUUGUUCAAUAUAUUAACUGAAUCCGAAGACUUUGAGGAAAGUGGACGCUCAAUUAGCGUUAUUAAAAAUUUCCAGAAAAAAGAUUUUGAAUGGCAUGGGAAAAGUUUUAGUGUGGUUGAUACCAUUGGAGUUGGGGACACUCAACUAUUUGCUUAAAGGAUCCAUUUUCGACAUUUUUGGUAUUCAUAUUUUUAAAUAUGUUACUAUUGUGAGAACUAAAUUCAGUAAUUUUAAGAAUAAAAGUGAGUGUGAAGCGGAUAAGGAACAAUUACAUAAUGAGAACGAAAAUAUUGCUAAAAUAGUUAAAUCAUGUAGGGAUAUUGUUUAUGUAGACAAUCCUCCGACCAAUUUUCAAAUUUUUGACGAGGAUGAUCAAGAAACGGUUGCAACUAAUAGAAGAAAAAGAGAAAGGUCAAGAGAAAUAUUAUUAAACUAUUUAGAUAAAACAUGUCAGCUAGAUUGUUUCAAAUUAAAAACGUGGGAUCAGAUACGUGAACCGAUUGCCGAAUAUUUAGAAAGUAACUGUGAUGAUGUACCAUCGGAGUUAGAAAAAAA